ACUGGGAGCUCCUCGGUGGGUCCUGCUGGCUGGUGUAGAGUGGUGCCCACCUGGGGGGCCUGUUUUGUCUUUUGGCAGGAGGUUGGGACUGGAGUCACGUCCGACCACUAGCAGAUAGGUCUCUCCAGCAUUUGGGAGGUUGCGCUGGUGACCAAAACUCCGAGGGACCUUCAUCCGCGGGAUGCUCUGAGCUUGAGGAGGGCAAUUUGGUUUUGAUGCUGUGCCAGAAAUCUUCCCACAAUGAGCUACUGGAACGCCGAGCAAAGGGGCUGUGUGCAGUACCGCAGGCAUUUUCUGGUGGACAACAGUGUGUUUCAUGUUGAAAGAUGCAUGAGUGUAAUGCAGUCCGGGACACAGAUGGUCAAACUGAAGCGUGGCACCAAAGGGCUCGUUCGCCUCUUUUACCUGGAUGAGCACCGGACCCGCCUCCGAUGGCGACCCUCUCGGAAGAGUGAAAAGGCAAAAAUACUUAUUGACUCCAUCUACAAAGUCACUGAAGGCAGGCAGUCUGAAAUCUUCCACAGGCAGGCUGAGGGGAACUUUGAUCCCAGUUGCUGCUUCACCAUCUACCAUGGCAACCACAUGGAGUCCCUGGACCUCAUUACUUCCAACCCAGAGGAGGCACGCACCUGGAUCACAGGCCUCAAAUAUCUCAUGGCUGGCAUCAGUGAUGAAGACUCCCUUGCCAAGAGGCAGAGGACCCAUGACCAAUGGGUGAAGCAGACCUUUGAGGAGGCUGAUAAGAAUGGCGACGGCUUAUUGAAUAUUGAAGAGAUUCAUCAGUUGAUGCAUAAACUAAAUGUCAAUCUGCCCCGAAGAAAAGUCAGGCAAAUGUUUCAGGAAGCUGACACAGAUGAGAACCAGGGAACCUUGACAUUUGAAGAAUUCUGUGUUUUUUACAAAAUGAUGUCUUUGAGGCGAGACCUUUAUUUACUGCUCUUGAGCUACAGUGACAAGAAAGACCACCUGACUGUGGAGGAGCUGGCUCAGUUUUUGAAGGUGGAGCAAAAGAUGAGUAAUGUGACCGUGGACUAUUGUCUUGACAUCAUAAAGAAGUUUGAAGUUUCUGAAGAAAAUAAAGUGAAAAAUGUCCUUGGGAUUGAAGGCUUCACGAACUUCAUGCGUAGUCCUGCUUGUGAUGUAUUUAACCCUUUGCACCAUGAAGUGUACCAAGACAUGGAUCAGCCCCUCUGCAACUACUACAUUGCUUCAUCUCACAACACAUACCUGACGGGGGACCAGCUCCUUUCUCAAUCUAAAGUGGAUAUGUAUGCACGGGUGCUACAAGAGGGCUGUCGAUGUGUGGAAGUUGACUGUUGGGAUGGCCCAGAUGGAGAGCCAGUGGUCCACCAUGGUUACACUCUCACUUCAAAAAUUCUCUUCAGAGAUGUUGUGGAGACCAUUAACAAGCAUGCCUUUGUGAAGAAUGAGUUUCCAGUUAUACUGUCUAUUGAGAACCACUGCAGCAUUCAGCAGCAGAGGAAGAUUGCUCAGUACCUGAAAGGAAUAUUCCAGGACAAGCUGGACCUGUCAUCUGUGGACACAGGAGAGUACAGGCAGCUUCCAAGCCCUCAGAGUCUGAAAGGCAAAAUCCUAGUGAAGGGCAAGAAGUUGCCUUAUCACCUUGGGGAUGAUGCAGAGGAAGGAGAAGUCUCCGAUGAGGACAGCGCAGAUGAAAUUGAAGAUGACUGCAAGUUCAAGCUCCACUACAGUAACGGGACCACUGAGCACCAAGUAGAAUCUUUCAUACGGAAAAAACUGGAAUCAUUGUUGAGGGAGUCUCAAAUUCGAGACAAAGAAGAUCCUGAUAGUUUCACAGUGAGGGCUCUGCUCAAGGCCACGCAUGAAGGCUUAAACACACACCUGAAACAGAACCUGGAUGUGAAAGAAAGUGGAAAGAAGUCCCAUGGACGAUCCCUGAUGACCAACUUUGGGAAACACAAGAAAACUACAAAAUCACGUUCUAAGUCCUAUAGUACUGAUGAUGAGGAAGAUAUAUUUCAGAAUCCUGGCAAGGAGGGAGGCCAGCUGUACAGGCUGGGCCGCCGAAGGAGAACCAUGAAACUGUGCAGAGAGCUCUCGGACCUGGUGGUGUACACAAACUCCGUGGCAGCCCAGGAUAUUGUGGAUGAUGGGACCACAGGGAAUGUGCUGUCCUUCAGUGAAACAAGAGCGCAUCAAGUGGUUCAGCAGAAGUCAGAGCAAUUCAUGAUCUACAACCAAAAACAGCUCACAAGGAUUUACCCCUCCGCCUACCGCAUUGACUCCAGCAACUUCAACCCUCUGCCCUAUUGGAAUGCAGGCUGCCAGCUAGUGGCUCUGAACUACCAGUCUGAAGGACGAAUGAUGCAGUUAAAUCGGGCAAAAUUCAAGGCAAAUGGCAACUGCGGCUACAUUCUCAAGCCCCAGCAGAUGUGCAAAGGUACUUUCAACCCUUUUUCUGGUGAUCCACUUCCUGCCAACCCCAAAAAACAGCUCAUCUUGAAAGUCAUCAGUGGACAGCAACUUCCAAAACCCCCUGACUCUAUGUUCGGAGACCGAGGCGAGAUCAUUGACCCCUUUGUUGAAGUUGAAAUUAUUGGACUGCCAGUAGACUGUUGCAAGGAUCAGACUCGUGUGGUGGAUGACAAUGGGUUUAACCCUGUAUGGGAAGAAACUCUAACAUUUACAGUCCACAUGCCAGAAAUAGCUUUAGUUCGGUUCCUUGUGUGGGAUCAUGAUCCAAUUGGAAGAGACUUUGUGGGACAAAGGACCGUGACCUUCAGCAGCCUAGUACCUGGCUACCGGCAUGUCUACUUGGAAGGACUCACAGAAGCAUCCAUCUUUGUUCACAUUACAAUCAAUGAGAUCUUUGGAAAGUGGAGCCCUCUAAUCCUCAACCCCAGUUAUACCAUAUUACACUUUCUAGGAGCUACAAAGAAUAGACAGCUCCAAGGUCUGAAGGGACUCUUCAAUAAGAAUCCCAGGCACAGUUCUUCAGAAAACAACUCCCAUUAUAUUCGGAAGCGAUCAAUUGGAGAUAGAAUUCUGCGGCGUACAGCCAGUGCUCCAGCCAAAGGCAGGAAAAAAAGCAAAAUGGGUUUCCAAGAAAUGGUUGAGAUAAAAGAUUCUGUCUCUGAGGCCGCAAGAGAGCAGGAUGGUGUCCUUCGGAGGACCACGCGGAGUCUGCAAGUACGCCCUGUCUCUAUGCCUGUUGACAAGAGUCUUCUGGGGGCUUUGUCGCUGCCCAUAUCCGAAGCAGCAAAAGACACAGAUGGAAAAGGAAAUUCUCUGGCAGAGGACAAGCAUGGCGGAAGAAAGGGCGAGACAACUAUAAAAGACCCACAGUUUUCCAAUUUCAACAGAAAGUUCUCCUUCUCCUCCAAUGCCCUCCUCCACAAAGAUGCCAACCAAGGAGUUAGCACUCUUUCAACUGCCAGUGUAUCCAUCACAGAACAAUGCGGAGGACCAGGUCCAAAGGGCGGGAGAAACAAACCAAAUGUGACAAAUGACUGUCAGGAAACCCACUGUCCCAAAACAUUCCUCUCCCCAAGGCAGCACUUGGCACCUGAUCCUGGAACAAAGGGACCACAAGAUCUCUCUGGGAUGAAAACCAACCAAAAGGGGCCCACAGAGGGCUUGGGGGAAGAAGGCAAAAGCGUGUUGUCCGAAAGUGUUCUCUCUCGAAGUGCUCUGGAGAUGGAGAACCUGGAAGGCAGUAGGGUCAAGGGCCGAGCUGCAACAUCCUUUUCUCUGUCCGAUGUCUCUGCGCUCUCUUCUGACAUCCCUGAGUUGCAUUCAACUGCUAUUCUUCAGGACACUGACAUUUCCAAUCUCAUUGAUGAUGUUACUUUAACAAAUGAGAAUGAGCCGGGCAGUUCCAUCUCAGCAUUGAUUGGUCAGUUUGAAGAGAGCCACCACCGGGCUAACCUUGCUGUAUUUUCUCAUCUCCUUUGCACCGAUGUAUCAUCAGGAAGUGCUCCUUUGCCUAACACAGUCGGCCUACAAACACCCUUCAAGCAUGGUUUUUCCCAGGGGAAACCCAAGGCCUCCUUCUUAUGCUCCUCUCCUGAGCUGAUCAAGAUGUCUAGUGCAGAGACCACCAAACCUACAAAUGACACAGUUGUUUGUAAAAUGACUGGCUCUCCCUUCUAUAAACCAAAACCAGGUAAUGACCCUUCUGAUAAAACCAAGACAGGAGUCAGAGAAGGCAACUUGCCUGGGUCCCCUGAUGCUUCUCCUGGCCAGUUUCCCAAAAGCCCCACUCAUGGAAAGGACCAGAGACAAGUGAUGAAUAGCCCUCCUCUUUCCACUGAGUUGGCCCUGGAAGAUGUAAUAGACCCUGCUAUCUGUGUAAAUUCUGUAGAGAGCAGCCUUGUGGAAAUCGAUGCAGAAUCUGAAAACCUGUCUCUAACAACCUGUGACUACAGGAGAGAGGGUCUGAAUCAACUUGUUUCUCCACUAGAACUGAAGCACAGCCAGGAGAUGGAGGAGCAGGUCCAGAGAGGCUUCAGGAAUGGGUACUGUAAAGAGACCCUCCUGCCUUCUGCCCCUGAAAUAUUCAACAAUAUUCAAGGUGUCAAAAAUCAAAGUAUCUCUCACUUAACCUAUCAGGGUGCUGGCUUUGUGUAUAAUAAUUUCUCAAGUUCAAAUGCAAAAAUGAACCAGCCUAGGGCUCCAGAUAUGCAUGCCCCCACACCCACGCAGUCAACACAUGCUCCUUUGGUUACUUUGAAACUGCCAAGUCCUUGUAAAUCCAAAAGUCUGGGGGACUUAACAUCAGAGGACAUUGCGUGCAACUUUGAAAGCAAAUACCAAUGUAUUAGUAGAAGUUUUGUGACAAAUGGCAUUCGAGACAAGAGUGUGACUAUGAAGACAAAGUCUUUAGAGCCUUUAGAUGCCCUAACUGAACAGCUCCGAAAGCUAGUGUCCUUUGACCAAGAAGACAGCUGUCAAGUGCUCCAUUCAAAGCAGGAUGCCAAUCAGUGUCCCAGGGCAUUAGUCAGAAAGUUGUCCUCAAGAAGUCAGAGCAGAGUCCGCAACAUUGCCACUCGCGCCAAGGAGAAGCAGGAAGCUGGCAAGCAAAAAGCUAUGACCCACAGCACUAGAGGAGGAGUGGUCCUCAGAAGUAAGCCUUCAGCUCCUGCUCUGGCCGUGAACCGACACUCCACAGGCUCGUACAUAGCAAGCUACCUGAGGAACAUGAAAGCUGGUGGCCUGGAGGGCCGAGGCAUCCCAGAAGGAGCAUGCACAGCCCUUCGGUAUGGUUAUGUGGACCAGUUUUGCUCAGAUAAUUCAGUUCUGCAGAUGGAGCCAAGCAGUGAUGAUAAACCGGAAAUUUAUUUUCUUUUGAGGCUGUGAAUUAUAGAAAGCUGCAUUUUCAUUGUUUACAUGAUAUUCUAUAGGAUGUUAGAAUUUUCCCAUUGUCAGUGAACAUGAUCCUUGGCUUUGAAAUGAUUUUCAAGUGUGUUUUUGAACUUGUAUUUUGGUCUCUCUCUGACUUCCUGUGUUCUCUCUCUUCGAGCAUUUGUAGAUAGACUCUGUGACAUUUCCCAGGAACCCAUGAUCUCUUUCCCCACAAGGUGUUGUAAAUUGUGUCAGUGUGAAAUGUGUGCAUGCCCUCGAUGUGAAACUUCUCAGCAGUUUGGGUCACAGCGUGUGCAUGUUGCACAAAAAUGUUCUUUCCUGUGUCCUUGGGUCACAGUCACAAGGCUGUCCUUUUUACUCACUGAGCGUUGAGCUCAUUAAGACUAGAGUCUCCAAAGAUAAAUGGAUUCUGUAUCUGAAGCUACAUUCUCCUUCUAAAUUGAAAGGCACAGAUUCAACUUUAUAAUUCGUUUAAAAGAGUUGUUUAAAAUAGUUACCUUGCCCUUUAUGAUUUCCUCACCCCACCCAAAGUGGGAAUUCCAUGAAGAUGGAUACCAUCUCUCCAGUCCCCAAAUCCCUUUUAGAAUAGGCUUUAAGGAAGAAAGUGAACUCUGUAUAUAAGGACAAAAUGGUUUGUUUUACAUAAAUUUUGUUACAUAUUUUUGCUAAUGGCUUUGUAUGUAACAAGAAUCCAGUUGCCAAACUGUCUGUCAUACUUUUGAAGUAUGUCUUGAAGUGUCUCUGAUGUGAAAGAUUGAAAAUAAUAGCUUUCAGAAUGAGAAACUUCAGCUGGCCAUGGUGGUUCACGCUUUUAAUCCCAACAGAGGCAGAUGGAUCUCUGAAUUUGAGGCCAAGCCUGAUCUAUAUAGUAAAGUCCCGGGCAACCAGACCUACAGUGCAAGAUCCUGUCUUCAAAAAGAAAAAAAAAAUGAAAGAAAAGAGAGAUUUACAUUAGACUUAAAACUCAGAGUAGCGCAAACAGAAAACUUCCCCAAAGAUUUCAAGAAAAAAAAAUGUAUUUUCUCAUAAUCCAAGUGACUAGGUAAUUAAAAGAAACCUUUUCCCGUUAGGGACCAAGUAACUCUAUUUUAGUACUGACAUAUAUUAUUUUCAUUGUGAAUCCAUUUUUUAUUGCAUGUUCAGGUGUCAUUUGCUUUUUGUACCAUGAAUUACACUGAUGCUCUUCCUGGACUUCAUAAAAAUAUAAUUAAAACAGAUUUUUGAA